AUGCUGCUGCCAGCCCACUUCCUGCUGCUACUGCUGCUGCUCCUAGGGGCCCCCAGGACAGGCCUCUCCCAUAAGUUCUACAAAGCUGAGUCUAUCUUCAGCUGCAUCAACACAGCCCUGUCUGAGGCCAAGAAGAGCCAGCUGGAGGAUGCACCCCUGCUGAGCAAGAGAAGCUUCCCCUACCUGCCCAGCCAAGACCCCUCGUCAGGAGAGGACGAGGAGAAAGGGGAGGAGGAAGAGGACAAGGAGAAAAGGACCUUCCUUGGCUCUGGGGUUGGCGGUGGAGCUGGAAGCACUCGGUACAAAUAUCUGUCCCAGGCACAGCUCGGGGGGAAGCUGUACCAGGACAAGGCCAAGAGUGACCGGCGCACCAAGUUCACUCUGUCCCUCGACGUCCCCACUAACAUCAUGAACAUCCUCUUCGACAUUGCCAAGGCCAAGAACUUGCGAGCCAAGGCAGCUGCCAAUGCCCACCUGAUGGCACAGAUUGGGCGGAAGAAGUAG